AUGGUAUAUAAAGUCCCUGCACUACCUGAUCUUGAGUACGAGCAACAGGGGUAUGGUUACCUCCCCCGUCCUGAGAAGUGGCAGGCGUGCCCCCGGUCGCGAAGGUGUUCCCCGGUCGUUGCCCCUGAUCACGAGCGUGUGCCCACGGUCGCUGCUCCUGAUCACGAGCACGUGCCCUCAGUCGCUGCCCCCGAUCGCGAGCACGUGCCCCGUUCGCUGCCCCCGGUCGUUGCCCCUGGUCGCGAACGAGUGCCCCCGGUCGCUGCCCCCGAUCGCGAACGGAUGAAGGAAACUAGAUACAGGCAUCAGGAAAAUUCCAGCAUUGACCUAUCGAACCUUAGAAGGAUCGACAUUGAUGUGCAAGGAAAGACUGCUUGGGUGGAAGCUGGAGCAACAUUAGGGGAACUUUACUACAACAUUGCAAACAAAAGCAAAACCCUAGCUUUACCAGCUGAAACUUUCCCUUCUGUAGGUGUUGGAGGUCAUAUUAGUGGUGGUGGACAAAGGCCAUUGAUGAGGAAAUACGGUCUUGCAGCAGAUAACGUGCUAGAUGCAACGAUCCUGAAUGUUAAUGGUACGAUUCUUGAUCGUAGUGGCAUGGGCGAAUACCUAUUUUGGGUUAUUCGGGGUGGUGGUGCAGCUAGUUUCGGGGUGGUUCUAUCUUGGAAGUUACAAUUAGUCGAAAUUCCCCCAGUUGUUACUUUCUUCACCAUAGCUCGAACUCAGGAAAAAGGUGCAACAAAUCUUGUUAGAAAAUGGCAAAAGCUAGUAAUUGAAUUCCCUAAAGAGCUUUUCCUAAGAAUAAAUAUAAACCCUUAA